AUUGUUAAAGUCGAAAAAAGGGUAAAGCAGCAAAACCCUAAUAAAAUCACAACAAAUUAACACAAAAAAACCAGAUCUUAAAACUCUCUCUACCCACCAAGAGGAUCAACCAGUCUCUUCCCCUUCAGAUUCUCCUUUCCACAGGUCACUCUCGUUUGCAGAUUCUUUUUUUCAAUUUGACUUGUUCUUACUUAUAUAUUGUGGAAUUCACAUGAUAAAAUAAUAUGCUUGGUGUUGUAGGAACAAUUCUAGUUGUUCUGUGUUAGCAGAUUCUUUGUUCUGUCUAUUUUGAAGGAAAUUAAAGGCAAUCCCUUUCGAUAUUUUCCUGUUUUCCUUAUCAAAUUUAUGGGUUGGAAUAAGUAGGUUGAUGUAUUGUCUUUUAAUUCGAAGCUCAAUUUUCAUACUUAUUGCUGUUUAGAUCUUCAAGGUUAAUCUAGAAUUACAGAUUAGACCAUAUAUAAAGUAAAUUCAGCAGAUUCUUAUUUAUGUAAAUUGUUUGUUAGCAACCUUAUCUCCUUCACAUUUCUUUAAAAUUCUGGUCAGAUGUUUCUUAAGAGCUUAGAAUGAAUCCCAAAGUUCUGUUUUUUUAUUCUGGUAGUGAAUGGAUCAACAAGACCAUGGACAGUCUGGAGCUAUGAACUAUGGCACAAACCCAUACCAAACCAACCCGAUGAGCACCACUGCUGCUACUGUAGCAGGAGGUGCGGCACAACCAGGCCAGCUGGCGUUCCACCAGAUCCAUCAGCAGCAGCAGCAGCAACAGCUGGCACAGCAGCUUCAAGCAUUUUGGGAGAACCAAUUCAAAGAGAUUGAGAAGACUACCGAUUUCAAGAACCACAGCCUUCCCCUUGCGAGAAUCAAGAAAAUCAUGAAAGCGGAUGAAGAUGUCCGUAUGAUCUCGGCUGAGGCGCCUGUCGUGUUUGCAAGGGCCUGUGAGAUGUUCAUCCUGGAGCUGACACUCAGGUCGUGGAACCACACUGAGGAGAAUAAGAGGCGGACGUUGCAGAAGAACGAUAUUGCUGCUGCUGUGACUAGAACCGAUAUUUUUGAUUUCCUUGUGGAUAUUGUUCCCCGGGAGGAUCUCCGAGAUGAAGUCUUGGGAAGUAUUCCGAGGGGCACUGUCCCGGAAGCUGCUGCUGCUGGUUACCCGUAUGGAUACUUGCCUGCAGGAACUGCUCCAAUAGGAAAUCCGGGAAUGGUUAUGGGUAAUCCCGGUGGUGCGUAUCCACCUAAUCCUUAUAUGGGUCAACCAAUGUGGCAACAACAGGCACCUGACCAACCUGACCAGGAAAAUUAGCAAGAAACUCGUUCUAGUCUCGUCCAGGUGAAAGGAGGGAGACCUUAGACAAGAAAAUGAAAAGAACAUAUCAGAAUUGUCAAAUUGGGUGUUGUAGAAGAAUCUAAAGUGUUUAUGUCUAUCGAUCCUUUUCUAAACGAGAAAUUUAGGGAUGAACCAGAAAGAAGAAUGUAUAAACUGUAAGAAACAAGUGUGCUUUUGACAAAAGUUUUUUUAUUUGAAUGUUAAUUUCUGUGUCUUUAUCACACAUAUUAAGUUAUUAUCCACAAAAUGUAUCUCAUUGGAUAUUUAAAACAAAAGGACAAUAAUAUUAAGG